AGCCAGAAUCGGUAGGUGCUUCACUGCAUGCUUCGUUGUCUCUUUUAGUUUAUUCGGAGCGACGGCCUUCUGUUGUUGGAAAUUCAUCUGGUAGAACCUUUGGACGUGCUCUUCGGGUGGCCGCACGUCGCACCGCAGACGACACCCACGUACUUUGUUUUGUAAGUUGCAAACAUUCUCUUCUUGUUUUGGUUGAUUUCUUCACCUCAUUGCGUGGGACUCUCCGUUUGUUAAUGUUUUUAUAUAUACUCGUUGAACGCCGAAUUUCUGUAACACAGCUUUCAAGAACUCACUCUUCUUUUAUUCGUUUCCUCUUUUGUUUGUUUUGUUGACUUCUCAGGCUUUAAAGCAUCGGCGCCGCCUGCGUUGACGCGAUGCCGCAAAAUCCCUCAUAUCUCAAGCCCCCAAACGACACGCAAGGCGCGUUGGGGACUGCCGCCGCUCCUUUCUCUUCCUCCUCUCCUCCCUUGCCCCUCUCCGCCUCACCUAAUGGUUCACGCUCCAGCCGUUCGGGUCGAUCACGGAGAGGCGGCUCCUCUUCCUCCACACGCCGUCGACUGCGACGUGGGCUCGGCAGCACACAGAAGCUCUACGCUCCGCACGUCUGCUGCUUCUCCCCCUUCCGCCCACCCGCAGCCGCCGUGUUGGACCCUUUUCCGAGCCUGCGCAUCGACUCCAUCUGCAUGGCCGGGAUGUCCACCUUGGUCACGGUGCACCGGUCCGGGGUGCGUCUCUACCGCGAGCGUCACCUCAGUCCCCCUCUGAACACUACCGCGUCCUUCUUGCAGGGCUCUGCCGCCCUACGCACCCCGCCUCUGUCGACGACCUUAUCGGCCACCGCGUCCACCACCGCUGCCAUCCGCGGCGUCAGCACCACCAGCGGCGUGUUUGAGCUGCUGGAGGCGCGCAGUAACUUCCAGCUGCGGGAGUCGUACCUCUGCGCGGCGAUGCAGCCGGUCCUCGUCGACGACGCGGCGCUGCUGUCGAAGUGGAGUCGGUACUUCUGUGUGGCCUCCGGCAACGACCGGGUGGUGCACAGCGUCGCCGUCAUGAGCAGCGCGGCACACUUCUGCCUGCACCACGAGCGGCACCAGAUGAACAAGGUGGUGUGUCUGCACUGCACGCAGAUCGCCACGGAACCGUUUCACCCGGCGGUGCUGACGCCGGCCGUGGCGAGCGUGGACGAGGUGGGGACGGUGGUGCUGUUUGACGUGGAGAGAGAGGUGCCCUGUGUGCUGGAGAAGGCGCCGUUGUGGUUCAGGCAGUCCGACGGACGUGUGCCAAGUCAGCCGGGCACUGUCGAGGACCUUAACACGGCCCAAGGGAGUCACUCGCGCCACCCUCAGCGAACACCGCUACUGAAUCAGCACCUAAGACCAGAGGAGGAAGACCACGUCGUGGACGCCAUGGAGAAAGUGCCGGUGAAGGAGAGCGCAGCCUACCACCUCGAUCGCGGCGUCGCCACCCGCGUCACGCUGGUGGGGCCGUGCUUAGAGCUGUGCAACCACUGCCACAACGCCUUCACUAGUUUGUCCACCUCCCGCGGCUACACACUCGUGAGCGUCUACGUCUGCUCCCGCUCGCACGACUUGCCCUCCGACACCACGCAGCAGGACUGCAGCACCGCCGCCGAGUUGAACGUCACCCUACUGCGGGUGUUGUGGGGACCUCGCCGAGCCUUUGUACUCGAGGAGGUGAAGAUCGUGCAGGAGGCGGCACCCACCGACGUGUGCGAGGCCGGUGUAGCCCUCGCCGCCCGUCCCUAUCAGGUAGGACUCCCCAUGACGCUCCUCCUCGCCCGGCCAGCGCUGACGCUGUGGCAGCUGCGGGCCUGCACCGGCGAGCGCAUCGACACUCGCAACCUUUACCGCACCACGGGGUCCUCCUCCAGCAAGAGCGGCCGCUACGGCAGUCCACCGCGUGCGGCCUCGGAGUUCAUCAUCCACUGGGUGCCACUCGGGCGGCACCGCCUGACGAUGCAGAACGACGAUCGAGUUGGGCCGCAGUCGUGGUUCUGCAUUGCCGCGGUGACGGAUGAUGACACAGUGCUGCUGCUCGGUCGUGCGCCGCAGAGGUGCACGACGUCAUCGGCGGUCUCCCCGGCAGCACACACACCGGUGCGUUCUCCGGUCCAAUCAGCUUCAGCAGCGCCGUUGAAGGCAGAGGAGGAGGAGCCGGGGAAAUUCCGAGAUGCCGACUUGGAAGGGUGGCUGGAUGACAUCCACACCUCUCCCACCUCCAACCCACCAUACGCAGCGCCACUGGAGUCGAGUAAAGGAAAGAGUCCAGCAAAUGAUGCUACAUCUGCGGACAACGGCAGCUCUUUUGCACUGCCCUACACGGUCCUCAUGAAGCUGUACAGCCCGGCCAGCUCCUCCAGCACGCACGAGACGGGCAACGCGGCCCCCUCCGUCGCGGCCGGUGUCGUCUCCAUCAUGCCGGACCUGCACGACAACCGACUCCUUCUUUUCAUGGCGGAUGAGGAGGCUCUGCUGAGUGUGCCGCUUCCGUUUGCAGAGCGAAUCGCCACGCUGACGGACAGCGAUGUGGCGAAAGAGCAGGAGGAGGAGGGGAGGACGGGAGCGGCGGGGCGACCACGCACGAAAGAGGGCUUGCCUGUCCAACUGUCUACGGAAGCUUCCGCUUCCAAAACGAAGAUGACUACUACCGCUGGUGGCGGUGGCUCUGUGAAGGGAGCUGCCGAGACGACGACCUCUCAUCGCUCCUCGUCGUAUCUGUGGGGCGCCACGAGCACAACGGUCAGUGGUGCCUCCCAGGGCUGGUCGUCGUCGAUGCUCAAGUGGGCACCGUCCUCGUCCUCGUCCUUUUUCUUUCCGGGCAACGCCUCUCCCAGUCGUAAUACCUCUGCUGCAUCGGCUGCAGCUGGUGCCCCGCCGACGGCAUCAGCAAAGGCAGACGCAGGAUCCGCUGUCCGACGGGAUGCAGCCGCCCCCUCCCUCUUCAUGCCGCCCCACGCGUCGGCCAACGGAGCAGACGCACCUCCACCCACCGCGGCGACCGAGGCCUUUCACCCCUUCAGCAUUGUCCGUCCUCUCAUGGCCGCCGUCUUCCACCUCACCGGCGAGGGUAAGGAGGCGCUGGAGCCACCUGUGCAGCCCACGCCGCUCCCCGCCAUCGCUGACGCCGAUGGUGGGGCAGCGAAGAAGGAGCUAGCAGAGGCAGAAGGCGGUUCACCGCCGAUACCUCCUGCCGUGCCUCCUCCUCCACUGGAAGGGCUUCCUUCCGCAGAGCACAUCUCCCCCGCUGCCCAUGCACGUAGCAGCAGCGGCAACAGCGAAGCCUCCACCGUCGUGAGCGCCACCGCGGCCAGGACAGCAGCGGCGGUCAGUCUUGCAAUGCCGAUCCGCGUGGCCCACGGCGAACGGCAGCGCAGCGGGUCGUGCGCGGCAUCCUGCGGGAGUCGGCACAGCAGCCAUCGCCGCCGCCACCGUCGCCAGCAUCGGCUGCCCUCCUCAGAGUCACUCCCGGAAGAGGAGGAUCUCGAUAACAGUAGCGGUGCUGGUAAUGGUAGCCGUGCGGGGGACAGCAAACAGCGAAGGGGCAGAGGCGGCCAAUCAGCUGAGUCAUCGAAGGCUUCCUUCGGUUCCACUCCGGCCUCUCUCCCGCCACGCACGAUAGCGACGGAUAAGGAUGCGAUGCAGGCUUCCUACAUGGAGGCGCAGAUGAACCUCCUCACCAAGGACACCUCGACACCGACGACACGGGGUGUGGUUGAGACGGGCACUGCAGGCCCAAAUCCUGCUCGAAGGGGGGAGGAGAUCCAUUUAGCGCUGCGUCACCUCACCGACGUCGACGAGCCGCUGGGGCGCAACACGAUUCUGUACAACUGGAAAGACGGCCACAACGACCUCUACAUCCGUCUCUCGGUGGAGCAGGAUGCACUGGAGCAGGCGGCUGCGGCGCAGCAGCCCCAUCGCAACGGCAAUGGUCCGGCGUCACCACGGGGCCGUCACGAGACCCACCCGGCCACCACCACCACCGCCGUUCUCACCAACACGACCGCCGAUGUGGCGGAGGGGGUGCACUCCGUCGGCUUCGUCGCCAAAUACCGCUCCGUGGUGGCGUGGCGAGCCGAGACGUCGACCUACGGUGACUGCUUCAACUUUGCCGAGUACUUCGCCACCCUGCAGGUGCCACCGCGCUUGUCGGAGGUGCAGGAGCAGGACAAGUGUCGACUGGAGCUGGCGGAUCUUCGCUUGCAGCAGGCCCGGGACAUGGCCGCCGUGCACCCCUACGCGUUGACGACGGUCUACCGCAACGAGGAGCGCACGUCCAGCGAGGCGGAGUGGAGGCUGCACGCGACCUUCCCGUACGAUGACGAGCGAGAUGGCUCGGUGGUGGACCUGAACUGGCUCAAUCGCACGGCGGGUAGCACGCGCAGCACCAGGACACCAGAGUGGCGCUGGGCAACGGAGCGGGAAGCGAGUAUCUGGGCGGAGGAGGAGGGCGCCCUGCCGUCCGCGACAGCGCGGGUACGGAGCCUGGUGAAAGAGCUGAAGGACUGGUCCGUUGGGCCGUGGGAGUACGCGGAGCGGUGGCCCUCGCGAGGGGACAGCCUCUCAGGUGGUGCCGCAACCUUUGUGUGGAGCGCUGUUGAGGCGCCGGCGCACCGCUGCCGUCGACGCCGUCUCACCCGACUGCGCGUCGACGUCGCAGAACUGCGGCGCCAGACCGAACUCACCGCGUCGCACAUUCGCGAGUUGGAUGCCCUACGCGCGGAGCUCGCUCUGUGA